AGAAAGUUGUCUUUAAUGGCUAGAGAAGGUGUAUCAACCAAAAGACUGUUGUAUCCUCUCAUUUGAGGUUGAAGAUGACUUUCAUUUAGGUUUUCUCCUUCCUCCUGCCCACCCCAACACACACUCAUACUCUCAUCUAUUUUCAAAUACACAAUGAUGGCACUUUUGUGCUGGACUACUUUAAUCGGGUCUAACUAAACAAGUAGAGACUUUUCUUAGGAUCGUCUGUGUACAGCAGGCCUCAGAAAUGAUCAUGUCUUGGGCAAUGAAAACAGUAUUUAUGAGCAAAAAUAGAAACUAAAGGUAAUCUCCUGUUGUGAUCUGCAAGAGAGAGAGAUGCAGGGGCAAGCAGAGCUCCACAGGAGACUCCAAAGCAUAGCUGAGGAUGUGGCCAUCCAACCACAAAUGGUGCUUUGGGUAACACCAUGGUAGAGGAGCGAGAGGAGUGCUCCCACCAUACUUAAGCACAGCACCCCUCUGGGGACAACUCCAUCAAGUGGAAUAAGAAACACUUUAUCUGGGCCCACUGGUGCAGAUCCAACCAAUCAUUAGGAGUACCUGGAAGAGACCAAGCAGGAAGGAGAUGGGGGGGAUUGUAAAAUGGGGAUGCUACUAACACAGACCAGGCCAAACAGCCUGGUAGGGACCACCAUCUCCUAGAAGGCAGUCACCCGUGAGGGGCCCGUCUGACUCAGGCAGUCUUGGCGAAACCCAAGCUAGGGCUAACUAGGGGCUGGCUCUUGAGCAAAUCAGAGGCUACCAAAAGGCCUCCCCUGUCUUCAGGGGUGGGAAUGGCCAUAGAGUCAUGGUUCCUCAGCUCAUCUGGGGCCUGGCCCUAUGACACAAGGUGCCUGUCAGAAGACGGGAGACUCUCUGGGAACUUAAACCAUGCCUGUUUACGCUUUUAGAAAAGGGAGAAGCUGAAAGCUACGCUACCUGGCCCCUCCCCCAACAUCUGGCCAGGGCCCCCUCUCCAGAUUGGCUGAGAGCCACCUUUGUGACAUCAUGUGAAAAAUAAAGCACAUGAUGAGUUAAGCAGCUGGUUGCCCUGAUACCGAGACUCUAGAAUUUUGUGUACAGUAUUUAUUGGGCACCCUCACUCCGACUGAAGGCAUUUUGGACUUGCUAGGACAGUGAUAAGGGUCUCGAGGACAAAAUGCUCUAUAUUCUGGUGCAGCUCCAUGGCGAGUCAGAAUACUGAACAGGAAUAUGAAGCCAAGCUGGCCCCAUCUGUUGGUGGAGAACCAACAAGUGGGGGCCCAGCUAGUUCAUCACCUGAUCUAAAUCUGGAUUCCGGUGACAUUUUGGACAGGCACGAGGACCAAGCCGUGAGCCAAGACUCAGGUUCCCAAGAUAACCCACCACGAGAAGACGAGAACCAACACAUGGCCAGCAUGGAAGACAACCAUAAACUUCCCGGGUUUUCCUUCCCAAGAAAGAUGUGGAUGAUGGUGGAGAAAGACAUAUUCCGGUCUGUGCGCUGGAACGAUGAUGGAGACGCUGUGAUCAUCGAGAAAGAUCUCUUCCAGAGGGAGACUCUUCAACGGAGCGGCGCAGAGAAGAUCUUCGAAACAGAUAGCUGGAAGAGUUUCAUUCGCCAACUGAACCUCUAUGGAUUCUGCAAAAUAUGCCCAAUCACCUCUCCAGGAGACAAGAAUAUGAUGAUCUACCACAACUCCAAUUUUCAGAGAGGCAAGCCCUGGCUCCUGGAGAAUAUCCGGAGAAAAGGUGACCUCCAAAACACCACUCAGCAAGUGACCCAUGUCCCAGCUCCAAAGAGGGCGAAGCUGGUCCAUCACAGCGAUGCCAGGAAUGCGGCCAUCGAAAUGUCCCAGGGGGGAACCCACAAUGUUCAGGGACCCAGUGGCACCCAGUCCUUCACACACUGCAGUAUGCAGCCCAGGAACACUGUCACUGGGCAUCCCCCGGGAUAUGGGCCCCCUCAGGAACCAAAUAACUCAAAUUGGGAGGGCACCUCCGGAAAUGUCACAUUUGGAUCUUUGGCUACUGCCUGGGUGGAAAGCACAAGGGAAGUGCCUAGUAGCCUGGUUUACCCAGAUAAUAGUAGUAUAAUAUCUUUGGACAAUGCGUGGUACUCCAUUCUGUUGGCCUCCCUUUUGGUCUAUAUUCUUAUCAUUAAGGCAUUUAUCAUUGUCAUUCUCAUGAAGGCCUCUUGGUCUUAAUAAAGAAAAACAAAAUUCCAUGGAAAUAAAAAAUUUAAAUGAGAACUGUUGUCUGUGUUCUUUCUAACCUUCUACAACUAUACGCAUCUCAUUGGCACAAGCCAGAAGAGGCUGAAAAUCCUGUCCAAGACAGGCAUUGGUCCCCACUGUCCUCAUUCAUUUGGAGAAACAGCAUUUUCACACACCCAGCAAAGGAUGUUGCUAGGAAGCGUCGAGGCCAAGCCCAA